AUGGCGGACGCACUGAAGGCCGAGGGCAAUAAAGCCUUCUCUGCCAAAGAUUACGCCACUGCCAUCGACAAAUUCACGCAGGCUAUUGCCAUCGAACCCCAGAAUCACGUUCUGUACUCCAACCGUUCAGCAGUCCACGCUGCUCUGUCAGAUUACCAGCAGGCUCUUGAUGACGCUAACAAGGCUACCGAAAUCAAGCCUGACUGGGCCAAAGGCUGGAGCCGUAAAGGAGCCGCUGCGCGCGGACAGGGCGAUUUGCUUGCCGCCCACGAUGCUUAUGAAGAGGCCCUGAAAUUGGAACCCAGCAACGAGCAGUUCAAGUCAAGCUUCAACGCAGUCAAGCGAGCCAUUAACGCCGAGGCUCAAGCCGAUGGCUUCGAGGGAGACCCAACUGCUGGGCUGGGCGGCAUGUUCAACGACCCGCAGCUCAUUCAAAAGCUUGCCAGCAACCCCAAGACCUCCGCCCUGCUCGCGGACGCUGAUUUCAUGGCAAAGCUGCAGCGGGUAAAGGAGAACCCGAACAGCGUCGGAGAAGAGCUGCGCGACCCUCGUUUCCUGCAGGUCAUGAGCGUACUGCUUGGCAUUGACAUGCAAUUCGGCGCACCUCCAGGUGGUGCUGAUGCACCGUCUGGCGCCACUGAGGUGGAAGAGGAUGUACCAAUGCCCGAUGCUCGUCCCAAGCCUGCAGAGACCAAGAAAGAGCCCGAACCCGAGCCCGAAGACGAGGAGGCCGCUACGAAGAAAAAGGCCCAAGAAGCCGGUGAUGCCGAAAAGAAGAUUGGCAACGACUUCUAUAAGAAGAAGCAGUUUUCAGAGGCCAUCGAACACUAUCAAAAGGCGUGGGAACUCAACAAAGACGCAACCUAUCUCAACAAUAUUGGAGCGGCCAAAUUCGAAAGCGGCGAUUACAAGGGAGCCAUCGAGACUUGCGAAGAGGCAGUCCAAGAAGGCCGCGAGCACCGUGCCGACUUCAAGACCAUUGCCAAGUCGUUUGCUCGCAUUGGCUCGGCCUACGAGAAGCUAGAAGAUCUGGCCCAGGCAAUCGAAUACUACAACCGUUCUCUUAUGGAGCACCGCACCGCCGAUGUCCUAAACAAGCUUCGCGCCGCUGAGAAAGCCAAGGCCAAAGCCGAGAAAGACGCCUAUGUGAGCCCAGAGGAGGCCGAAAAGGCUCGUGAAUUGGGCCAGAAGAAGUUCCAAGAAGCCGACUGGCCAGCCGCUGUCGAUGCGUUUACUGAGAUGACCAAACGAGCCCCAGAAGAUCCUCGUGGGUUCUCGAACCGUGCGGCUGCCCUGAUCAAGCUUAUGGCUUUCCCACAAGCUGUGCAGGAUUGCGACGAGGCGACCAAGCGCGAUCCUUCAUUCAUCCGUGCGUACAUUCGCAAGGGUCAGGCCCUCCUUGCCAUGAAGGAGUACAACCAGGCUCUUGACGCUAUCACUCAAGCGUCCGAACACGACACCACUGGCAAGAACACGAGGGAGAUUGAGCAGCAACAACAAAAGAUCCUGGAAGCGCAGUUCAGUGCUCGCGCUGGCGAGACCGAGGCCGAGACGUCGGAACGAAUCCAAAACGACCCUGAGAUCAUGUCCAUUCUCCAAGACCCGGUGAUGCAAAGCAUCCUUCAGCAGGCCAAGAGCGACCCUGCUGCUUUGCAGGAGCACAUGCAGAACGCCCAAAUACGCAACAAGAUUCAGAAAUUGGUUGCGGCUGGUGUGAUUCGCAUGGGUCGGUAA